CUGCAAAUUGCCAUCUCUCAUCAAACCUCCACAGCUAACGUCCACUCUUUGCACUGUUACCUCCUAUCUAAUGGCGACCACUCCAAGUCUCAAAGGAGUCAUCCUUGUUGGUGGCCCGUCGGUGGGCACUCGGUUUAGACCAUUGUCGAUGGACUGUCCGAAGCCCCUCUUUCCAAUUGCUGGACGCCCAAUGAUUUUCCAUCAUGUGGCGGCACUCGCGAAGCUCCCUGGAAUGAAGGAGAUUUUAAUUGUUGGGUUCUUUGAGAACAGCAUCUUUGAUCGGUUCUUGACAGAGAUCCAAAUGGAAUUUCCAAAUGUGCCCAUUAGAUAUCUACGAGAGUAUCAGGCACUUGGUACAGGUGGCGGUCUCUUCCACUUCCGUGAUCAAAUCAGCCGUGGAGAUCCUGACCAAAUCUUUGUUCUCAAUGCCGACAUCGCGUCCUCCUUCCCAUUGCAGGCCAUGCUCGACUUUCACCUGAAGCAUCAGGGUGUGAGCACGAUUUUGGGAAUUAGAGUUGACCGAUCUUUGGUGUCAAAGUUUGGAUGUGUAGUCGCCAAUCCAGAAACCCACGAAGUGCUUCAUUUUGUGGAAAAACCAGAGUCCUUCCUUUCGGACAUGAUCUCCUGUGGUAUUUACCUCUUCCGCAAGGAGAUUUUUGAGGUGGUGCGGGCGGCAAUAGAUCAGAGGCAAGCUAAGCUCGAGGAGCAGGGCAUCGACGACUCUACUAUCCGAGGCGGAUCAGAGCGAAUUCAACUUGAGCAAGAAGUUCUUAGCUUGCUCACCUCCGCCAAGAAGCUUUACGCGUACGUGUGUGUGCCUGGCAAAGACUUUUGGAUGCAGAUCAAGACAGGGAGUUCAGUCAUCCCUGCGAACCGGUUGUAUCUUCAGCACUUCUUCCAUACCGCGCCACGAAAGCUGUCUAACGCACCCAAGCCGUCCUUGAGCGACAUCACGAACAAAGCGGACGAGGGAGUUGCAGAAGUGAUUCAACCCGCCUACAUUCACCCAACUGCUAUCAUCCACCCCUCGGCCAGACUUGGACCUAACGUCAGUAUUGGCCCCCGUGUUCUGAUUGGACGCGGUGUGCGUGUGCGUGAUUCCAUCCUGCUGGACAAUGUCGAGAUCAAAAAUGACUCGUGUAUUCUAAACUCUGUGAUCGGCUGGGACUCGAAGGUGGGAAGCUGGUCGCGUGUAGAAGGCGCCCCAGGGGAGAGUACAGCCUUGAAUACCACUGUCAAGGGUUACAAGAUCCCUUCUGCUACGAUUCUGGGCAAGGACGUGACCAUUGCAGACGAGAUUGCGAUUCGGAAUUGCAUUGUUUUGCCACACAAGGAUAUCAAAGCAAGCCAGCACAAUGAGAUUUUGAUGUAACAAGUUGAAUGUAUGAUAGCAAAAGUAUGAAUAUCUUAUCACAUAGGCGUUCGUAAAAUAGAUACGCAUUCCCGUAGUAAUGAUGCAUACAACCACUAUUGCGUCGCAGAG